CCAGAUUUCCGCAAGGUGGCGACUACGGCGGGCGCAGACUAAAAAGACAGACUUUUUUCUAUAUUAAUAUACGCCAGGAACCAGUGCAAAAACCGAGGCAACGCAAUGGCUGCUAGAUUCGUACAGAAAAUUCUUAAUCAACUGGGUUUGAUUGCUGCGCGUGAUGCUCCGGCGGCGACGGCGACGCCAGCGGUGAGCCAGGUCAACGCGACUCCCGCCGCCAGCCGAUCCUACUCGUCCGGCACCAAGAAGGUCACCCUGAUCCCCGGCGAUGGCAUCGGACCCGAGAUCUCCGCGGCCGUCCAGAAGAUCUUCACCGCCGCCAACGUGCCCAUCGAGUGGGAGGCCGUGGACGUGACCCCCGUCCGGGGCCCCGACGGAAAGUUCGGCAUCCCACAGGCGGCCAUCGACUCGGUGAACACGAACAAGAUCGGCCUGAAGGGUCCCCUGAUGACGCCCGUGGGCAAGGGACAUCGCUCGCUGAACCUGGCCCUGCGCAAGGAGUUCAACCUGUACGCCAAUGUGCGUCCCUGCCGCAGUCUCGAGGGCUACAAGACGCUCUACGACGACGUCGAUGUGGUGACCAUUCGUGAGAACACCGAGGGCGAGUACUCGGGCAUCGAGCACGAGAUCGUCGAUGGCGUGGUGCAGAGCAUCAAGCUGAUCACCGAGGAGGCCUCCAAGCGUGUGGCCGAGUACGCCUUCCAGUACGCCAAGAACAACAACCGCAAGAAGGUCACCGUGGUGCACAAGGCGAACAUUAUGCGCAUGUCCGAUGGCCUCUUCCUGCGCUGCGUCCGCGACAUGGCCCAGAAGUUCCCCGAGAUUCAGUUCGAGGAGAAGUACCUGGACACGGUGUGCCUGAACAUGGUGCAGAAUCCCGGCAAAUACGACGUGCUGGUCAUGCCCAAUCUGUACGGUGACAUUCUGUCCGAUAUGUGCGCCGGUUUGGUGGGCGGUCUCGGCCUGACGCCCUCGGGCAACAUGGGCCUGAACGGUGCCCUGUUUGAGUCCGUGCACGGAACCGCUCCCGAUAUUGCCGGCAAGGAUCUGGCCAAUCCCACGGCCCUGCUGCUCUCGGCGGUCAUGAUGCUGCGCCACAUGGAGCUCAACACGUACGCCGAUAAGAUCGAGCGUGCCGCCUUCGAGACGAUCAAGGAGAGCAAGUACCUCACCGGCGAUCUCGGCGGCCGUGCCAAGUGCUCUGAGUUCACGAACGAGAUCUGCGCCAAGCUGUAGAUGCGAGUAACUAACUAGAAAGUAUCGCCAACAACAACGGAACGCAUAAGAGCAGAGAAUACCGCCAGGAAUAUUGUGCAGAGGGAGGAUGAUGGAUGCAGUAUGAACAACACAGCAAUUAAACACUCGCCCCAAACCAAAAAAUAAAUAGCAGAAACAACAACAGAAGAACCAGAACAACAGACACUCACUAAAACUUUGCCGAAAGUUUCUUACGUUUAAACCUUUUACAAAUUUUAUUUGCCCGAAAAUUCCCCUCGCCCCGAAAACAAGAGAAAAUUUAGAAAAGAUUUAACCUAAACACUACCUAAAGUAUUUUUAUGUUCGAAUACCUAGGUAUAUUAUUUAAUUUGCUUAGGCCAAACACGCGCGUUAUUCGUAAAUUGCCAAUUUUACUUGCGGUAGUAAAGUAUUUUUGUCGCCAUCCAGCCAAAAGAAAACCUUGAGUUAUUAUUGUUUUUAUAUAAUUCGUAUGCAAAAGGAUAAACUUAAUUAUUUAUUGAUUAUUAAUUUUCUAAUUUGUUUAGCGCCUUUGUUUGUCAAGCUCGAGGCAUAAAUAAACGUGUGAAAUAGAAGCCAGACUAGUUGAAAGUUGUAAAAGAGUGUAAACGGUUACAAUAAUUUUAUUCGAAACAGAACACAAGUGAAACCUAUUCAAACACAAAUGCUAUGGAAUAAAAGAGCAAUUGUUAUUAAUAAUUAAGCGAAUUGUAAUGCAAGAUCAUCAUGCAAUUGUUAAAACUCAAUAAAGGAAACCAAACUAAAUACAGAAA